AGAGCGUCCGAUACGUUGAGAGAACGACGCUGCCUCGGAUUACCUCUCGGCCGCCAACGUCGAAAGUGAUCACCGGCCUGCCCUAUUCGAGUCGCAGAGUGUAUUAGGCAGCGGAGCAAAGCAAGAAUUCGGAGAAGACUUCAGUGUCAAGGAUAAGAGCGCGAGAAUCGAUCAGGAUCGAAUACCGUCUCAGCACAGGCGUCCGGCACGAUGAGGCUCCGUGGCGCAAUCAAACAAGUCGACUUCAAGUCUAGCAUGGGAGUUAUCAUACCGAGCUUAAAUUCUCUAGAAUAUGACGAGGAAGUGGAGCUUCCCUUUUACUUCGAGAGUCUCAGCAUGCCGAAUUCUGAGAAGCCGUACCUCGUCGCGGGACUCCAGAUUUCUCCAGCCGUCGUCGGGCGUUAUCGAGCAAGGUGCAUCCUGAGCGGGAGCCUACAAGUUUUCAUCCCAGAUCUUCAAAUCGCAGCGGAAAUCAAAGAGUCGUCCACGUUUGACCUCGGUGGUGCGGACUACUUCCAAAGGAAUGAUGAAAUUUUGGUUAUGUUGAGAUGGGAAGAAAUACUCGCUUCGCAGUCAGAGCAACGAGUACCGCAGGUUGAGGCUUGUGCGUCGCUCAUGGCGCGCGGUUAUCCGUUCCUCACGGACUCUAUGAAACAGAUUAUAACCGAGAACUGUCGCCGAGAGAAUGAAGAUCCGCGACACAAACCAUUCGAGAAGCUAGCGAGGUCGUCCACACCGCAGGAAUAUUGCGAGAGUCGAAACAGAAUCCGAUCGAAGAGCUUCGAAGGGCUAUCGAUUACGAAAGACAGCGGUAUAGCGGAUGAAAUCCAUGGCAAUUGCCUCAGAAGCAGUCCCAAUAGCCUCGGCUAUUCUAGCCGGCUGCCGGCGAUAAUUCCGUCAGGAUUCGGAGAUGCUCUCUACAACCCUUUCUUACGAGCGACGAGUCCGUAUAGCUGUCAGAUCGGUUGUCGAUGCAAUCGGCUCUGAGCUCCGCCGAAGCGAUUCGUCGAGCUGGGAAUCGUACAGACUCAUCCUAUCUUGAUCAAAAACCACGGCUUGUAACAUCGGAGAUAUUUUGAGGGGUGAGAAGUUUUAAAAUAAAUUAUAACUC